CUUGGCUUGAUACGUGCAUGUAACAUCUGCACUUACACUCCAGAUGAGGACAGGUUUUAGGCACCACCUUAAGGAUCUGAUCUUGAUAUAAGUCUACUCGUAUACCCAAGAAUCUAAUCCUCAAACUUUGGUCUAGUAUCUUCAUCCUGUGAAACAAUCAAAGCAACCAACAAAAACCAAACACGUGCAUCACCCAAGCCAAGAUGUCCUCAGCAGCCAGAACCGUCACCCUCCGGCGUCUCGAAAUCAUCGCCUUCCCACCAGCAUUAAUCCUCCUCAUCGCCCACGGAAUUGCAUCCGAACGAGCCUUCCCAGCCUUGGGUCUCCUCCCACUCGCCGCCUCGGCCCUCCUUGGCCUCUUCGUCCUCAACCGCGAUGCCGUCGCCGCUCUCGGCUCACCGAUUCAAGCCCUCUCCGAAUCCAACAUCUUCUGGGCCGACUGCCUUCUCGCGGUCUUUCACCUAACAUUUCUCAUUCCGAGUUGGAUUCUCCUGACGGAUCCGUGGCACGAGCCACUCAUUGUGCUGGGGACGUAUUGCACUGUAUUCAUGAUGUUUGACUUGGGCGUCCAUUUGUACAUUGUCCUACCGCAGGCGCUUCAUUUUCUUGUCAGUCGCAGCUGCGACUGUCCUCACUGCCGUAGUGUAUCCAAGGCGGGCUUCUUCUCGUCUACCGUAUCCGAGUACACACCGCUUAGCGAUGGCGACGAGCCAGAAAUGGAAGCUCGGGAUCUUGAGGAGGGUAGCGGAUCCCGGCGCCUUUGAGGGGGUCACGGAACAAGAUACAGGAUAGG